AUGGCAGCCCACGGUCUCCGCAUUGCCGUCGGCGGCGACGAGGCCGGCUUCUCCUACAAAGACACCAUCAAAGCCGACCUCGAAAAGGACCCCCGAGUCUCCAAAGUAAUCGACGUGGGCGUCAUCCACAACGAAGACAAAACCGCCUACCCGCACGUCGCCGUCGAUGCCUCCAAGCUCGUCCUCUCCGGCGAAGCCGACCGCGCCCUGUUGAUAUGUGGGACUGGGCUCGGCGUCGCCAUCUCCGCGAACAAAGUACCGGGCAUAAGAGCCGUGACGGCGCACGACAGUUUCAGUGUCGAGAGGGCGGUGAUGAGUAACAACGCGCAGGUGUUUUGUAUGGGGCAGCGGGUUGUGGGGAUAGAGUUGGCGCGGAGGCUGGCGAAGGAGUGGGUGGGGUAUACGUUCGACCCGGAGAGUGCGAGUGCGGAGAAGGUUCAGGUGAUUAGCGACUAUGAGGCCCAGCAUCAUGCCAAAGGGGUGCAUGAGAAGACUGCGUGA